AUGAAGGGAUUCGAACCGCUCUAUUCCUCACAACUGCUGCUCUUUCUUUGGCUGAGAAUCCUGGAUUCUUCCCAGGAUCGAAGAGAACAGCUGCAGCAGCAGCUAAUUGCAGAUACACAAACAAGUUCCCACACUGCUGCUCUCCAGAGUGCUCAAGGAAGCGGAGUUUGCAGGAAGUUGAUUGACGACGGGGGAAUCUUUCCGGAUUGUGAGCCCCAGCUCGAUCAUCGGCAAACUGUUCGGGAUGUUGUGACAGGCCGAUCUUCGAGAAAUCUCUUGGGACUGACGAAGGAGCUGAUUCAUUGA